UCCUCCCUCCAAACCAAGAGCAUCCAACUCUCUUCUCAACAAACAUCAUCUUCUUCUUUUGCUGUCCCGUUUGUGUUCUCCUAUAUAGACGCAUAUUUUCAAAAAACGAACUCACUCUUCCACAUCCUUCACUCAAACCUAUACCACACCAAACAGAGAAUUCCCGAUUUCUCCCUCAGAACAAUGGAGAACCUGUUCCGCCUUGUUGACCAAGAUCAACAUUUCUUUCAACGUAAAUGGACUUUGGUCAAUGGUCCGGUCAUAGUUGGCGCCGGACCCUCAGGGCUUGCCACAGCUGCUUGCCUAAGAGAACAAGGGGUGCCCUUUGUAGUUCUUGAAAGAGCUGAAUGCAUUGCAUCUUUGUGGCAAAAACGCACCUAUGACAGGCUAAAGCUUCACCUUCCCAAACACUUCUGCCAACUCCCCAAACUACCUUUCCCUGAGGAAUUCCCUGAGUACCCAACAAAGAGACAGUUCAUUGAGUACCUUGAAUCAUAUGCUAAGCAUUUUGAUAUCAACCCAAAAUUCAAUGAGUGUGUGCAGUCGGCUAGAUAUGACGAGACCAGUGGCUUCUGGAGGGUCAAGACCGUCGUUUCAAGUGGCUCAAGCAAGACUGAGUUUGAGUACAUUUGCCGCUGGCUUGUGGUGGCCACAGGCGAAAAUGCCGAGUGUGUGGUGCCUGAUAUCCAAGGAUUGGCUGAGUUUGGUGGUGAAGUUAUCCAUGCUUGUGACUACAAGUCUGGCGAAAAAUUCAAGGGACAGAAAGUACUAGUUGUCGGCUGUGGCAACUCUGGCAUGGAAGUUUCUCUUGAUCUUUGUAACCACAAUGCUUCACCCUCAAUCGUGGUUCGCAGCUCGGUUCAUGUCUUGCCAAGGGAAAUUUUUGGGAAAUCGACAUUUGAAUUAGCUAUGGUGUUGUUGAAAUGGCUGCCCCUUCGGCUUGUUGACAAGCUUAUGUUGAUCUUGGCCUGGUUGGUGCUCGGAAACAUUGAAAUGUACGGGUUGAAAAGGCCAUCAAUGGGUCCAUUGGAACUCAAGAACACCAAAGGAAAAACCCCUGUAUUGGACAUUGGUGCAUUGGAGAAAAUUAGAUCAGGUGACAUUAAUGUUGUUCCUGGAAUCAAGCGUUUCUCACGUGGACAAGUUGAGCUUGUUAAUGGUGAGAAACUUGAUAUCGACUCAGUUGUUCUGGCCACCGGAUACCGCAGCAAUGUUCCCUCCUGGCUUCAGGAAGGUGAAUUCUUCUCCAAGAAUGGAUUCCCAAAGGCUCCCUUCCCACAUGGCUGGAAAGGCAGUGCUGGACUCUAUGCAGUUGGGUUCACGAGGAGAGGGCUCUCUGGUGCUUCCUCCGAUGCCAUGAGGAUUGCACAAGACAUUGGCAAGGUCUGGAAAGAUGAAACUAAGCGCCAGAAAAAGAGAACCAUGGCUUGCCAUAGACGAUGCAUUUCACAGUUUUAAAUUUGUAAUCGUCAGAAAAACCAAAAAAAAAAAAGUGUUUCAGCAGCAGCUAGGAAAAUUACCUUUGUUCUUUUGUUUUCCUAUGGUGUAAAAAAUAAAAAAUUACUGUACAAUACACCAAAAACAAAAAAAGGAAAAGAAACAAAACUGAUAGUACAGUCUGACAGAGCCCUCACCGAAGGCCCAAUUUUGAUUUCUUUGGGCAUUUUGUAUACUGAGGAUGAUGAGGCUUUUCUUCUUCUUCUUCUUCUUUUCAUACAGUGUUUGUACCAUAAUUA